CAAGGCUUUCGCCUCCAAAGCCUCACCAAUACGUCCCGCUCUCUCCCUCGCUGCGCUCCCAACAUAAUAGUAAGACAACAACAAUAAUAAUAAUAAAAAUAAAGAGAGGUAUUCAUAAGAGACGUUGCCGCCACGCUUGUCUGCACACACUCUGUGUGCGUGUGGUGUGUGGCGAGCUCGAGCUUGUGCUGCACGGGGGACAUGCAAGCGGGCGUACGAAGUGCGCGUCUAAUGCAGCGGCGUUAGGCAUUCCCGCUCGCGUGUUCAUCGUACAAGAGUUGGUUGCGUAACAAGGGUGCGCGCGCGCGCGCGCACGGCACGGCGUGUUGAUUGCUGCGUCCGUAGCGUUGCGAGCGGCGGUGAUUGACUGAAUUUUCCGAAUAGAUUGGGAGGAGAUCAUUGCUCGGCGGACGUACGCACGGGCGGGACGCACGGACGGACGGAGAGAAUUGAGUCAUCGUUGGUGCUUGGGAAAGGAAAUUUGCGUGCGGCGAGAGUUCAUUGAGCCGGCCAGAUGCUGGGAUCAACCAUCGCGGCAGCGAGCCACUAGAGACGAUACUGUACGAGGAACGUGUUUCGGAAGGAGUUUGUCGAUGUCAUCAAGACAAGAGGCGAUAGCGGAUGAGCGACAUUGGGUGAUCGUCGAGGGCUCAUGUCGAGAACAUAAGUCGAGGAUCAGCAGUAGCAUCAGCACAAGGCGAGCAGAGCGACGUCGGGACAUCGUCACGAGCUAACAUUACUAUCAGUUCAUCAUCUAAGGAUUCAUCAGAUCAUCAGCAGCAUCAUCAUCAGCAUCAUCACGAGACUAAUGGAGUGACAUCACGACAUCGUUAGUUAGACAUAAAUUGAGUCGCUCUUAUCGAGCCAGUGAGCGAGUAGGUUGCUCCUCCACCCCACUUGUCUCCAUCUACACGCGGGGAGGGACCCCCCCCCCCACCACCACCGUGCGCGCGCCAGAAGUAAAAAAAAAAUCGCCUGCAGCCUCCUCAACGUCGCGGAUCGUCGCAGAAUCUCCCAACGCGCGCCUGCUGCGCCGCAACUCCCCCAGCCAUGGACGGCGGCGGCGGCGGCGGCGGCCCGGUGGCGAGAAAGCGUUCGACGAAGUCCGCGGGAGGCGACAGAGCUCCGGCGACGACGGUGGAGGGGGCGUCGCCUGAACGAGGGGUCGGCGAGGGCCGCGGAGUGACCCUCAAGCAGGAGAUCGGCCUCGUGAGCGCGUGCGGCAUCAUCGUGGGGAACAUCAUCGGCUCGGGGAUCUUCGUGUCGCCCAAGGGGGUGAUGGAGAACGCCGGCUCGGUGGGGGUGGCUCUGGUCGUGUGGAUCGUCACAGGCGUCAUCACCGCCAUCGGCGCGCUCUGCUACGCCGAGCUGGGGGUCACCAUCCCCAAGUCCGGUGGAGACUACAGCUACGUCACCGAUAUAUUCGGCAGCCUGGCGGGCUUCCUGCGCCUGUGGAUCGCCGUGCUGGUCAUCUACCCGACGAACCAGGCGGUGAUCGCGCUCACCUUCUCCAGCUACGUGCUGCAGCCCGCCUUCCCCUCCUGCCUCUCGCCCGACCUCGCGCUGCGACUCCUCGCCGCGCUCUGCCUCCUGCUGCUCACGUGGAUCAACUGCUGGAGCGUGCGCUGGGCAACACGUGUCCAGGACGUGUUCACGGCGGGCAAGCUCCUCGCCCUGGCGCUCAUCGUCGUCAUGGGCCUCGUGCAGAUCUGCAAGGGUGAGUAUCACUGGCUGGUGCCCGCGGUGGCGUUCCGCCCGUGGCAGGAGGUGCACGUGGGGGCCGUGGCCCUGGCGUUCCUGCAGGGGUCCUUCGCCUACGGGGGGUGGAACUUCCUCAACUACGUCACCGAAGAGCUCGUCGACCCCUACCGGAAUCUCCCGCGAGCGAUCUUCAUCUCCAUCCCGCUCGUCACCAUCGUCUACGUGUCGGCCAACAUCGCCUACGUCACCGCCAUGUCUCCCCACGAGCUGCUCGCUUCCAACGCCGUGGCCGUGACGUUCGGAGAGAAGCUGCUGGGCCCCCUGUCCGUGCUGAUGCCGUUCUCCGUGGCGUUGUCGACGUUUGGCGGAGUCAACGGAUCCCUCUUCACCUCCUCCAGGCUGUUCUUUGCCGGUGCGCGUGAAGGCCACCUGCCGGGGCUGCUCGCCAUGAUCCACGUGGAGCGCUGCACCCCCAUCCCCGCGCUGCUCUUCACGUGCGUGACGACGCUGCUGAUGCUGCUGACGAGCGACAUGUACACCCUCAUCAACUACGUCGGCUUCAUCAACUACCUCUUCUACGGGGUGGCUGUGGCGGGGCUGCUCGUGCUGCGGUGGACGAAGCCGGACAUCCCACGGCCGAUCAAGGUGAGCGUCGCGUUCCCCAUCAUCUACCUCCUCUUCUGGGCCUUCCUGCUCGUCUUCAGUCUCGUGUCGGAACCCGUGGUGUGUGGCGUGGGCCUCGCCAUCAUGCUCACCGGCGUGCCCGUCUACUACAUGGCCGUCUACUGGCACAACAAGCCCAAGUGCCUGGACAGCUUCGUCGAAUGCAUCACCUAUUUGUGCCAGAAGAUGUGCGUCGUCGUUUACCCCGAGGAAACGCAUGUGGCGGCGAAGGCGGACUCCGACGACAAAAUGGCGGCCGAGCACGUGACCGAGCCCUCGGCCAAUCGCGCAGAGGCAGGAGGCGACUCGAGUAAAAUGGCCGACAAACUGGAGGCGUGAAACGGCGACUAUGGGCACGUGCGAUCGCGGGUUUAAGUGGUCCCCUGUGUAAAAAAAAAAAA